AUGAAUAAAAUAUAUAUACCAAAUCAUAAUGAUGCAGAAAAUUGCCUUAAUGUUGAGUCUCCUACAUAUAUGGAUGAAAAUAUUCCCCCAAAAAAUUAUGGAGAAAAAAAUUCAAUUAUAUAUGAUGAUGCAACAGAUAUAAAUAGUAGACAAGGAAUAAAUGAUAUAACAAUAAGAAAAGAAUUUGAUUUUAUUUUUGAAGAAAAAAUUGAUAAUAUAGUAAAUACAAAUAAAAAUGAUAAUAAUAAUAAUAAUAAUAAAAAUAUAUCUAAUAUGAUUAAAAUAGAUUAUAAGUCAAUUUUUCGAUAUGCAGCUGAAUCUUCAUCAUUUUUAUGUGCUGUAGGAAUGUGGGGAACUUUAGAAGAUAUAUUUCGUUUAUUAUCGAAAGGAAAUUCUUAUAUUAUGUUUUUUUAUUAUUUGUUUUUUGCAAUAAUUUUUGCAUCUUUAACUUGUGCAUUUAAUUUAUAUUUUAAUGAUUCUAAUGAUAUAAAUAAAUACACAUUCAGCGAUUUGGAAAACCCCGAAUGA